AUGUGGUUAGUUGCGAAAAACAGUUCCAUGCUGUCGCCUGAUCUGACGCUGAUCAUUUUACAUAUUGCCUUAAGAAAUUUAAGGGUGUUGGGGUCCAUCGGGCCGAGAACCUCGAUACAUAUUGGCAAGAAUUCCAUCGAGGGGAGGGCGUUCCCGUAUUUUUUCAUUUUCUCGUCCGCUGCCCUGGCCGCGGCCAAACCGCAUUCUUUACUUGUCAGGUUUACAUAUCGUUCGGCAAGGGUGCCAGGGACCGUAACAUCCCACGCCAAACAUCUACCGGCUCUCCAAGGUAUUAGAGUGCAUCAGUCCGGACGCCUACCAUCAUGCGCAGAAAUGCCUGAUGGUUCCUUGAGAACCGGGAUUGAAGCCUUGGAGAAGAGCCGACAAAUGUAG